UCGGUCUCCUGACAUUAAUCUUUCGUCUUUAACAAUAAUACCUCAAUUUUUACAAUAGAAAAGGAUCACAUUUCUAUGGUCUGUAAAAUCCCUUUUCACUGUGUUGUGGCUUUUGGAACAAUUUAACUGAUUUUGACUACUUUUGAUUUUGAGCAAAAGUUUAUCACCUAUCAUACAGUUCCAGAUUAUGUGGUACUUCCUCAGCUGUUCUAAGUGAAAAAAGGACGAGGUAUGACGACAGCUGGAGGCAAUGCAGACGGAAAGUUGAGUGAACAGAUGGAAGGAGAAGAGGUUUUGAGGACGGUAGAAUGUCUGAGAGGGAGAUUGCUGGCAGAAAGGGCAGCUUCAAGAAAUGCUAAACAAGAAGCUGACCUAAUGGCAACCAAGUUGAUUGAAUUGGAGACUCGGCUGCAAGAGGAGACUAAAUCAAGAAAUAGAGCUGAAAAGAGGCUCAAAUUCCUGGUGAAGAAGCUCGAGUCUUUGGAGAUUUUCUAUGUUUCAGAUGAAUCAGAACAGUCCAGCUUCGUGGACAAAUGUGAAAUAUCAUCCGCAUCUUCUGCAGCUUCCACAAGCACCAAAACAGAAGACAAAGAAGCCUAUGCCAACCCAAAUUAUAAGAUUCAGAAUAUUCAAGAAUCGACAGAGAAUUCUUCAAAGUCCUGGUCCACUGUCGCAUCUCAAGAUUUGGAUCAAAAUGUUCCAAAAGUUAGUUCAUCCGCCUCUGAGAGUCGGCAAACUCCUGUUGCAGAUGAAGAAGAGAUUCAUAGCCACCCGGAACCCACAUCCAGGAAAUUUGAGACUGGAGAAUUAAGGGAAAAAGAACUAUCUCCAACAAAAAUAUGUCAGAAUUCUUCAGUUGAAGAACCCCAUUCAGCAAAAUCCCGUGAUUGUGUAUCCAGCCAAAAUGACAACAAAAUGAACAUGGAAAACGAUAGCUUGAAACUUUCAAACAAAGAGGAGGAGUUGUUCUUAAAUGGAGAGGUUGAUGAAGAGCAAGAUCAUUUCGUGGACGACUCAAUGGCAUUAGUUCCUGUGGAUUUGCCAAAUAAGCCAAGUCAGAAAAUUGAUCCGGCUGUCCUUGAUUCUACUGUAAAAGAAGUACUGAAUGCUCUAAGGCAUGCUAAGGAAAAGCUUCAGACUUCAAUGGAGAGAAGACGCAUGAUUAAAGUUGGCUAGACAAGUUCUUCUGUAUGCAACAUCGGUAUCAUCAUUAAUUUCCUUAUAGCCUUGAAAAAAAUUACCGUAUAUUCCAUAUAUAUUGCCUUCAUGGAUUUCGCAUUAUUCUGUGCGUGCAAAGGAAUAGUGUCUAAAGGAGAAUGCUGCUUGUGCUUUCCUACCAUCUAAUAAAACUGGCUCAAGGGUCCAAUUUGGAUUGGUGGA